AAAAGAAAUUAAAUUUCUAAAAAUCAGUUUGAAAAACUUACUUGAUCAGAGAAGACAUUGGAGAAUGAAUCGCUUACAAUGGCUUUUAGGCCUCGUUUUAGUGGCUUUUAUCUGCAUGGUGGGCGUGCAGGCCGAUAGUGACAGUGAUAGUGGCAGUGAUAGUAAUAGUAAUGAAAGUGGUAGUAAAAAACAUCAUAAGAAAUAUAAUUAUCCACCACCACCACCGCCUGCCGCCCAUCCACAUCCAUAUGGUCAUCCUAAUUAUUAUAAUCAUCCAGUUUAUAUGCCACAAGGACCACCAACACCCUAUGGCGGUUAUUAUCCUCCUCCUCCCUAUUAUUAUGGCUAUCCACCUCAACAACCCCCACCACCACCACCUCCAGCAAACUAUGGUCCUUAUGGCGGCUAUUACAAUCAACCUCCUCUACCAGUACAACAACCUGGACCACCACCUCCACAAUUUCAAGGCGAACCAACACAAGCACCUCAAGGAUUUCCCGGCAUACCCGGUGGUACCAGCACUAUUAAUCAUUCGUUAAAAGUAAAUAAGGAAUAUAAGGAAGAUGGUCAUCAUUAUAAGCCUGAUGGUACACUAAGCAAUUAAAAUUGUAUGUAUAAUUAAUGGAUGUCAAUAAAGAAUAGGUAUUAAUAAAAA